AUGGAUAUUGAUGAUUAUUCUAGAGACCGUUCUCGUUCUCCGGUGAGAAAUAAAUCUCGUUCUCCUCCUCCAAGGAGAGAUAAUAGAGAAAGUAGCUAUUCUCGUGGAGGAGAUAGAAGAGAUAGAGACUAUGGUAGAGGAAGUGGCAGAGGAGGAAGAGGAGGAAGAGGCGGUAGAGGCGGAAGAGGAGGACACGGCCAUGGUCACAGAGAUAGAGGAGAUUACUACGAGGGCCGCGGAGGCAGAGGUAGAAGAGAAAAUGAUAGAGACUAUACCUCAUCUAGAAGGGAUUAUGUUUCUAAAUCUGUAGGUGCAUCAACCAGUACUGCAGAUGCAGAUGAUUACCGUUCAAAAAUUGAAAGAAAUUAUGAUAACUCUAUUUUCAUUGGUAAUAUACCCUUUGACGCAAGUGCAAAGGACGUCGAAGACAUUUUUAGAGAUUCUUGCGAAAUUGUUAGAGCAGAUAUCGUUACAAACAGAGGGCAAUCUAGAGGAAUGGCCACCGUCGAGUUUUCCAAUAAGGAUGAUGUCCACAGGGCAAUUUCAAACUUCGAUCGUUACGACUAUAGAGGAAGACAAAUUUUUGUAAGACAAGACUACCCACCACCAGGUGAAAAAAGAGAUAGAAGAGAUUACACCUCAUCGUCCAGAGGAAGUGAAAGGAGCACAAAUGAAAGAGGAGGAAGAGAAAGUUUCAGAGAAGAAAGACCCCCUAGAGACAGCUACAAGGGACUGUCCUACGGCGGAGAGAGACAACCUAGAGAAAGAGAGCAUCCAUUACCAGGAACAGAAAUUUUUAUAGGAAACUUACCAUUUUCUGUGAAUUGGCAAGCAUUGAAGGAUAUUAUGAGAGAAGCAGGUGAAGUUGUAAGAGCUGAUGUUAGAAUGGAUAGUUGGGGAAGAUCUCGUGGGUUUGGUACAGUUGUUUUCAAAACCGAAGAAGAAGCUGCUGCUGCUGUUGAAAAAUUCCAAGGAUAUGUGUUAGAAGGAAGAAGCUUAGAUGCGAGACCAGGAAAAGUGUACAAUAGUGAAAGAACUGGAGAAAGUAGAAGUGGGGACAGAGAUAUCCAUGAGGGCAAUGGUACUUCAUAUCGUGGGGGAGAUGCAGGAUCAAGGUCUGCAUCAGGACCUACUGAAUCAGCCGAACGUAAUACUGAAUUUACAGAAGGGGUUUCAGGAAACGGUGAAAGAAGUAACACAAUCUAUGCGGCCAAUUUACCUUGGGUUACCAAUGUCGACGAUUUAUACGAAUUGUUCGAGACUAUCGGAAGAGUCACCAAGGCAGAAAUUCAAUUUAACGAUAGAGGAAAGCCAUCAGGUAAUGCAGUCGUUGAAUUUGAAUUAGAAGAACUUGCAGACUUGGCAAUUUCUAAUUUAAAUGGUUACAAUUAUGGUGGUAGAGAUUUGAAUAUUUCCUAUGCCUCAAAGACUUCUGCCUCAGCACAGGCAGAAGAAUCUGCACAAAGCGAAAUCCCUGAGCAGGAGGUUCAACAAGCUGAAGAGGAAAUGGUUGUCGAAGAAGAAGCAGAAACUCAAAACCAAGAAGUUUCUUCUCAAGCAGAAGAGCAAAAGCCAGCAGAAGAAGUCGCUGAAGAUAUGCAAGCUUAG